CGACCGACCAGCUGUCGCCUUCCUUCCUCCCAAAUCCUCAUCCGUCCUUCCCACAUCCCAUCCAUACAAAUCACUUUCUGCUGCAGACUGCGCCUCGCCGUCUUCUGCUUCUGCCGUAUCCUCUUUUACUCGACUCGAUAUUCUAGUCUUCGUGCCGCCAAUUUCUAGUCGUCUACUGCAUUUUCCCGCUUAUCAUCUCGCCCGACAUGGCUCCUGCUCCCGCCGAAAGCGCCUCGCCCAUUGGCAUUGCCAAUCUGCCCAACCAGCGUCACAAGAUUGUGGCUAAGCGUGGUGCUGGCUUCACCAUCAUGGUUGCUGGUGAAUCUGGUCUCGGCAAGACUACCUUUAUCAACACCCUCUUCUCCACCACCAUCAAGAACUAUGCCGACCACAAGCGCCGACACCAGAAGCAGGUCGACAAGACCGUUGAGAUUGAAAUCACCAAGGCCGAGCUCGAGGAGAAGUUCUUCAAGGUCCGCCUGACCGUCAUUGAUACCCCCGGCUUCGGCGACUAUGUCAACAACCGCGAUUCUUGGCAGCCCAUUAUCGAGUUCCUCGACGACCAGCACGAGUCUUACAUGCUUCAGGAGCAGCAGCCUAAGCGUCAGGAGAAGAUUGAUCUCCGCGUUCACGCCUGCUUGUAUUUCAUCCGCCCCACUGGUCACACUCUUAAGCCUCUUGAUAUCGAAGUCAUGAAGAGACUCUGCUCCCGCGUCAACUUGAUUCCUGUCAUUGCCAAGGCUGAUACUCUCAGCCCCUCUGACUUGGCCCGCUUCAAGCAGCGCGUUGCCGCCGUUAUCGAGGCUCAAAACAUCAAGAUUUACCAGCCCCCCGUCGAGGAGGAUGACGAUGCUGCCGCUCAGCAUGCGCGCAGCUUGAUGGCCGCCAUGCCCUUCGCCGUCAUUGGCUCUGAGAAGGAUGUCAAGACCAGCGACGGCCGUAUCGUCAAGGGUCGCCAAUACUCUUGGGGUGUUGCUGAGGUCGAGAACGAGGACCACUGCGACUUCAAGAAGAUUCGAUCCAUCCUCAUCCGAACUCACAUGCUCGAUCUCAUCCACACCACUGAGGAGCUUCACUACGAGGCCUACCGCGCUCAGCAAAUGGAGACCCGUAAGUUUGGCGAGGCUCGCCCCAGAAAGCUCGACAACCCCAAGUUCAAGGAGGAAGAGGAGGCUCUUCGCAAGCGCUUCACCGAGCAGGUCAAGAUUGAGGAGCAGCGCUUCCGCCAAUGGGAGCAGAAGCUCAUUGCUGAGCGUGACCGUCUCAACAAGGAUCUUGAGCAGACCCAUGCUCAGAUCAAGCAGCUUGAGGGCGAACUCGACAACAUGCAAGGUAGUGCUAUGCGCAGCCACGGCCGUCGUUAAGCCCAGUCAAAUUGCGUUGCUUGGCCCGUAGUGGGCUGUAAUUACCAUUGUUUACUGCUUUUUUUUCAGUCGCACGAUUGGGGGAAUGCGGCAAUGAUGAACUUGGGGGGAAUACGCAAAAAGAGAUGCACGAUUUCCCGCUCCCCGCCUCUUAUGAUGACAGUAGGAGGCGAGUGUGGCAUGGACGGGCAUCAUGGGAAGCGAGCCAACCAAAAAGUUAUGGAACUCUUUAACGAACAGGAAGUGCAGUGCAAGGUGUGAUAAUGUAGCCUUUUUUUUAUUUUAUUUCAGCUGUUACCCAAAGCACCAAAAAAAACAUGACCUCUUUUUAAACAUGGAAGCCCCUCUUCACCCGCUAAUACAUGCUCCCCGAAAGAAAUUGUCAAAGAUAUAUAUAAAAGGCACAAUGAUUUGCAAUAAACAGUAACAAUAGAUGACGAGCCUCCGCCCCUCGGAUGCUCCAAUCGCCUGCUGGAAAAUUAAAAGAAAAAACUCCUUGAUCGUAAUUACACAGAUGUGGUUAAAUUGGGUAUGUGAAAGAAGAAAAAGCAAAGGCUGCCCCAUAGAGCUUAAUGUGCUUGCUUUUUUUGAGCUGACAGAUUAUUCCGUCAUGUUUGCAUGAAUGUUGUCCCAGCAGCUAUAAUGAUUGCUUAUACGGCAUCCAUGCUAGCUCUUGUGGUGAGCUGCUCGUUCUUGUUGCCUAAGCGGGAGAUUUGCAGGAAAGCGUCGACGCCGUAGCCCUCCAAGCUAUGGAGAUUGAGGCUGCCGGCCCAGUACUCUGCAUAGACCCUGCUCAACGG